AUGGUCAACGGACUUCCCAUUCCCAAUCUUCAAGAUGAUUUACUUAAGCAAGUUGCUGAACUUAUAGCAAAAAGCAAAGCUAUUGAUAAAUCGAUUACAGAUUAUGACAGUGAACUCGAUAAUACGAUUGAUCGCAUUCUGGACGCAGAGCUGGUAACAAGAGAUAAUAUCAACACAAUGUAA